AUGGAGGAGGUCGAGCGCGGGGCGCUGGGUGGGCUACCGGCGCUGCGCGAGGUCUACCUGGGCGCCAACAGCCUCUCCACGUUCCCUGCCUCCGCGUUCGCCCCCCCGCUGCCCGCUCCCGCCCCCACCGCUGCCAGCGUCCUCAUCGACGGCGACAGUGACAACACCGUUGGCGACGUUGGCGACGCCGGUAGCUGCGACGUCGCGAACGCCGACGUCAGUGUCAGGAGCGGUGGCAGCGGCAGCAGCGGCGUCGCCACCUUGGACCUCGGCUCCAAUUCGAUCUCCUUGCUCCACACCGAUGACCUCCGGUGGCUGCUGGAACUGAGGACCCUGAACCUUUCCAAGAACCAAAUCACCGAGGUGUCCUCGGGCUUCCUGCGCGGUCCCCGUCGCCUCCGGCGCCUGCUCAUGUCCGCCAAUCGGCUCAUGAGCGUGGCCGGCAUCUUCCCCGAGGACCUGGGCCUCCUAGAGGCCCUCGACCUGCGCAGCAAUUAUCUGUCCAAGCUGCCGGCGGGAAACUUCGCCAACCUCACCUCGCUCCUGUUGCUCAACGUUGCCGACAACCAGAUCGCGGAGGCGGAGGACGGCGCGUUCGACGGCCUCGCCUCCCUAGGCCGCUUCGACCUGGGCGGCAAUAAGCUGGGCCUGCAGCCCCUGGGACCGCGGGCGUUCGAGGGCCUCGUCAACCUCACCAACCUGGAGUUCAACAACAACUACCUGCACUACGCGUCCGCGGGCGCCGUCCGCAGCCCGCUGUUCGCUCCCCUCCGCAGCCUCACCCACCUCUUCCUCAACAGCCAGCGCAGGGACAGCAUGGUCAACUUCCCAUCCAACUUCCUGGAGGGCCUGGCCACCCUGCAGGAGCUCCACGCCGGGGAGCUCUACCUGUCGGUGCUGGACGCCGGCACGUUCCUGCCGACGCCCAACCUGCGCUGCCUGGACUUGGGCUCCAACCCGCUGUGCGGCGUGGAGCCGGCGCUGCUGCGGCCAGUGCCGCUCCUCGACGAGCUGCACCUGCGCGGCGUCCGCCUGGACGACGUCGCCUUCCUGUCCUGGCUCAACCUGAGCCUCCUGCGGGUGCUACGCGUGAGCAACAACCGCGUCGGCGAGGUGUCCGCCGCCGAGCUCGGGGCGCUGCCGCGCCUGCAGCUGCUCGACGUCGUGGGCAACCCCCUCUCCUGCGGCUGUGACAACGCAUGGCUGCGCGACUUCCUGCUAAACUCGAGCCGCGUGCAAGCGCCGGGGCUGUGGCGCGUCCGCUGCGGGUUCCCGCUGUCCCGGCGCGGCGAGCUCUUCGUGCGUUUCGACGCGAGCCAGUGCCGCGACCGCUCCAGGCCGCUGCUCUUCGCCUGCUGCUCGUGCGCCGUCGCCCUCGUCAUGCUCACCGCCACCGUCUUCAGGUUCUGGCGCUGGCACCUGCUCUACGGGUACCACCUGCUCGCCGCUUGGCUCGGGGAGCGUGGGAGGCCUGCGCGGCAGCCCGGCCCGAUACGCUACGACGCGUUCGUGUCCUACAACAGCGACGACGAAGAGUGGGUCGCGCACCAGCUGCUACCGCAACUCGAGGGCGCCGGCAUGCGCCUCUGUCUGCACCACCGCGACUUCGUGCCGGGCAAGGACAUCGUGGACAACAUCAUGGACGGCAUCUACGCGAGCCGGCGCACGCUGUGCGUCGUGACGCGGAGCUACCUGCGCAGCGAGUGGUGCUCCAAGGAGCUGCAGGUGGCAGCGUUCCGUCUCUUCGAGGAGAACCAGGACGUCCUCGUGCUCCUCUUCCUCGAGCAUAUCCCUCACAACGAGCUGUCCGCCUACUUCCGCAUGCGCCGCACCAUCCGCUCGCGCACCUACAUCACCUGGCCCGGCGCCCGGGAAGACUCGUUCGCCCGGCGGGGCCGGCGGGGCCGCUCGGUGGCCCCCGCGGGGUCGGAGGGCGCCUGCAAGCUCUUCUGGCACCGCGUGGUCGGCGCGCUAGGGCCCGGGGGGCGCGGGGACGAGGGGUGCGGGGUCGCAGAGGAAGGAGGUCCGCUGGGAGCCCUGCUGGUGCACGCCUGCUGA